AUGGUCAUGACCAGGUCGAAGCGGGCGAAACGGAUCGUCCGCUCUCUGUCCCUUGCCCAGCACGAGGAUCACGUUCUCAGUGCCUUCACUCCUCUGCUAAUCAGAUAUAAUUUGUUGCACAACUACCAUCGCUGCAUUCAAGUCUCCGUCGACGUUGGCUGGCCCUCAGAUCGCGUCCCAAUGACAUCGCCCUACGGCACCCUGCCCAACUUUCUGAGGUCGCAAUUGGACGCACAAAAGAUUACUGACGGCACAAGGCUUUGGUCACAGGUCGUCCCUCUCUUGACAUUCAUUCAGUCCAACAUUCGACGCCUGGGCAAAUCCCGCGGCUAUCCUACCUUGUUCGUCUGGCACUCGCGUGAGAACCAUCGUUCCUACUUCUUUUUUGCCUUUGUCGAGAUCAAGAUGGUUUCCAAGACAUACUCGAUUCGUGAACUUGUCCGCAUGAGAAACUCCUCGGCAAGUAAGGAGUUCUACGAUCGUCUGUAUGACAAGCUUCAGCGAGAUCCAAGCUUCGGUGACAUCUUCAGAAUGUCUUCUGAUCGCUCUCUUCCAUUGAUUCGCGAAGAAGAGUUGGAUAUCGUGGGUGUCUCCGAUCGUCCUAUAAUGAAACGCGACUCAGCAAAGGUCAUCGCUGCCCGUCAGCUUGAUGGCACCGACUAUGAGUGGAAGUACCGUGGUCGAAGCGAGUCCGAAGAAGCUGUGCCGCGCCCGAUUUGCAGCCCCGUUGGCCUCUCCGCGCAGAAAGAUGAAGGGUUCCAGCGAUUCUACAAAGCUGUUGUCUCGCCGACGCAUGUUCGCGUUACAGCCGGAGGCCGCAUAGUCCCCAACACUCGCGGCGUGCCAUCGCCAACGGCCAAGUUAGCAAAGGAAAGGCUCAAUGGUGAUUCUCGGACAUCCUCCCGACCCGAAAGCCGCAGCAACCUGGAGAAUACCCCAUUCUCCAUUCCUCAAGUCGCGUAUGGUCAGGUCCCUGGUACUAGCAAUGCUGCCCCUCCGCUCCAGAACGACCGGCAAGGCGACGCUGCCAAUUCGGAAAAUGCAAGCACAAUGCAUCUCUCGCCCCCUGAGCAGUUUGAUCGCAAUCGCCCAUUUUUCUACAACGGUCAAUGGAUGAUGCCUCCCGGGACUCUCUAUCCACACGGCGCCAUGCCCCAUGUUGCUGGCUUUCCCGUUGCCCUACCAGGGCAGCCAUCUAUGGGUCCCAAGCCAUCGGCGUACCCCUGGAUGCAUCUCCAAGCCAUGCGCUCGGAUCCGUCCAUGAAUACUCAGGUUCCGCCCCAGUGCACCACUUCUGGUUAUGGCGGUACUCUGCACAUGCCAGUGUCGUCAAUCCUUCAGAGUGAGAUCACCAAGAAGCAGCUUGCUCACCUUCGCCAGCACCUCAAGAACGCCGAAGACCAGCUUCUGUACAACAAGCAUCAGAUUGACGAGAGAGCCACAGAACAGUCAAUCGAAAAUCUUCGCCAUCAGAUCAAGCUGUUCGAAAAUAACCUUGAGCAGGCACUGGCCAAGGAGGAGAGCCUGAAGCCAAAAACUGAUGAUGGAGCUGUACUGACAACUGAUUCAUCCGCUCGCGACGACUUUGCAUUAAAAGGGCCGUCUGCUGGUGACCGACGAACUUUUAACGAGCCUCGCAGCGAGAUGACGUCUUAUGACGGCAUGUCAUCCGCCCGGAGCGUCAACAAUCACAAAGGCAAGGAUCGCAUGUCUUCACCACUUCCGUCAGGUUCAAGCGCGGCCCAACCCACCCCGCUCAAGAGUGCUCUUAAGAAGCCUCGUUCCACAGAGCCUAUCAGAAAGGGAUCGUCUCUCCCUGUCAGUGCUGCUCUUGCUCCUCCCUUCCAGCCUCGCACAGACGGCACAGCGUCCGCCGCAGCAACGGACACUUCGGCGGCAUCUGGUGAGAACUUGAUGUUCGCGGAUAAUACAUAUCCAUCAAUUGACUCACAUGGCCUGGUGUCCAAGCCUUACCUUGUUGGAACCAUUCGAGCUGGCUGCGAUCCCACCCUGGCCAGCGACGCUGAUUAUAUCUACGAGCGCGAGCUGACCGAAGACGAGCUGAGAGCGCGUCACUUGUUUUGGGGGAAUACCCCCCGGAGCCUUCAGAGAGGGCUGCCCAAAUUUGACGGCAAAGACUUCUACCCGCCGUCUCCCGUCAGAGCUAACAUGGUGGAGCCAAAACUGCGACGCCCGAUUCCGAUCGGUCAAAUCCAAACCGACCACGAUCUAUCAAAGACGAAGGCAGACAGUGAUCCUUUCGGAUCCAUGGGUCGAUACAGCCUCCGGUCUUCUCGCAAUCUCACCCAGUCUGAGCAACUUCCCAGCUUCCAGUCGCCUGUGGCUGCGUCUCCCGCUUCAAGCAAUGUGAGUCCCGUUAAGCGGAAUAUGCAGCCUGGCCGCUAUGACGAUUUUCGCAAAGCAUUGGGAGACGCGUUCUCCGGUUCCACGAACGAGCACACAGAGAAGUCGUCUCCUGAUUCUGGCGAUGACGCCAGCCUCCUGUUCAAAGGACGUAGAAACGCAUCGAUCAACAGGGCCAAGAACUCCCACGAGUUUUUGACGUCGAUGUUCAAGAAAAGCAAGUCAAGCAGCGUCGCGGUGCCGGGAACGAUUUCUUCGACAACGGCGCGAGGCGUUCUCCCCCACUACGCCGGGCACGCCACGGCAUCGCUGACGCCGGCCAUUGCCAACACUCCUAACGGUCGCAAGGAACCUGGUCGCAAGGCGGCAGAAACCGGUGACCUCGACCGUCGCGGAAUCGACGAGAUGAGCAAAGUAGAGAAUCUGCCCCUGAACAGCUCUCACCACAAGGGCCCAAUCACCCGUGCCAAUGGUUGAAUUCGGGCCGUUACGCUCUCACCUUCUGUCAGCCAUCCACGACCUACGGCUUGUACAAGGAGAUGAUACAAAAGCUCUAGCGAGAGCAUGCAUUAUUGCUGUCAUACUUACGACUUGUAUGAGUAUCAAGACGGUCUCGCAACGGUAGGAGCUUACGUUGACCUUGCGUCGGCGUUGUCGACGGGCAUUUACAGGCUCGGACUCGCGAGGCGCAUCAUUUCGUACAUGUCUCAAUUCGGCUUGGCCAUGCGAGACUGUAUCCCGUCAUUCUCACAGUUACCAUUGUUAAAGUAUAGAAUGUGUUACCAGUACCAGGUGAGAAGUUGAGCCCUUCCGCAUUGGCGGCGUUUGCAUUUUGAGGAGCAUCAGGCAGGCGAGAAAGUCGCGCAUGUAUGUUCAACAGGUCGGCUACUGUAGCUCAGCCCGACCGAAGCCUGGCUUGGGGUGGCAGCAUGGCAGGUCUGUACUCACUUCGAUUUGUAAUUAGUCAUUUCGACAAGGAGACGAGAGUGCG